AUUCUCGUGUUGUGUGUGUGUUUGCAUCGGUUCCGCAGUUGAAUUUGUGGUAAACAAUUGAAUUUGUUGUAAUGGCCGGUUUGUGUGGAAUAACCGAGGUGCUUACAUCUAUAUCCUUUCUGCCAUCUAUUUAUAUCUUCUGUUACUCUUUCAAUCAACGGCAGAGGCCUAUUAAUAAUGCUGUAGGAGAAAGUGUGUGGUUAAUAAUGAAUAUGUGUGUGUGUGUGUUUUGCCUCAGAAAUUGAAUUAGGUGAGCUCAGUUGCUCACAAAGAACUAAUCAGCAAUUUUAGAAGCUGACCAUAACAAGAUUUGCUCAAUAGGUUUAAAACAAUAUAGUCAAUACCUGUUCACUUGAAGCAAGUGGUGAAGAAUGAUAUUCUGAUUUCAAUUUUUUAGACAGUGAUGAAAUUCUUCAGGCGUGGGCUUGUAUAUUAAAAUAUAAAAAUUGUCAAGAAGAAAGUGCUGAUAUUCUAUAAGUAAGAGAAGGGUGGGACAGAAAGAAAAUUUUAGAAAGAGAGAACCCACUAGCUACUUUAUAUUUGAGAAAAUGAGUCACCAAGUUGUACAAUUUGAUUCCAGACAAAAAAGGUAUAUAUAUUUACAUAUGUUUCUUUAAUGUAGAGAUGCAAUAUUGUAAGAAGAAAAGAGUGUGUAGAUUGAUAACUGAAGAAAUGGAAAAGAUGUGUCCUCCUUUUAGUUCGUUGCGUGUAGGUUAUUUAUUUUCUGCUAGAACAUUUUUAUUUCAAGUGACAUGCAUGAAUCAGAUGACAGCCAGCAGUUACCGCAUGCACAAGACUAUUUUUUUGUCUCUGUUACUCAAUACUUCGGUGAACCCUGGCUACCCUCGCUAGGACAAUACUACUAUACCAAAAAAUAGUGAAAAUAUCAGAAUAUUGGGCCCGCAGGAAAUUGAACUCGAGUCUCUCGUGAACCUGAGUUCUCCUAAUGUUGGGUGAUAGCAUGGUAAGCAGCCAGUUCUCCUAAAAGUUAGGAGGAGGGAUUGUCACGAUCAGAAUUCUAACAUAUGCUUUGGACAGUCGUCUAAAUUUCUUAUCUUUCAGCUAUAGAAAAGUGUGGAAAGAUUGUGGUCAAAACAUCUGCAUCUACAAAUUUUAUGUCACUGUUGCAGGGUGAUUAAGUUAAUAUACACUCAUAAUACCUGUGAUUCUUCCAUUUCUUUUCUCAUAUACUGUAUAGGCAGGGACAGAUUGAGCGUCGGGGCAGGGGUGUUUGCCCCCAAUGACCUUCAGAGUAUAUUUAUAUAUCUGCAACCAAUUUAAUCAAAUGGUUUAUUACUUUAUCUGCCUCUAUGAUUAAGGUAUUAUAUUUCUCACUGUAGGUGCAGAUUCGAAUUCUAGCUCCGUCCUAUGUAUAAGAAAACAUUUUAGCACUGAGAAUAUAUAAAGUAGAAUUUAAAUAAAGCAUUGUUAAAUUAGUACUAAAUUUAUAUGACUACUUGCUUAGAAAUUUCAAACAUAAAUGAAACCUCUGUCACCGAGUCUGCGAAUAUAGAGAAAACCACAACAGGGUCAGCAACCAGGACAUCUCAGGCUGCAAUUCCUCAAGGGUCUCUAACCGGAGCAUCUCAGGCCGCAAUCCCUAAAGGGUCAGCAACCAGGACAUCUCAGGCUGGAAUUCCUCAAGGGGCUGAGUUAUCGAAGAAUGGAGCUGCAGGUGAAUGUUCAAACAUAAAUGAAACCUCUGUCACCGAGUCUGCGAAUAUAGAGAAAACCACAACAGGGUCAGCAACCAGGACAUCUCAGGCUGCAAUUCCUCAAGCAGCUCAGCGCAUCUGUCAGAAAUCAAAUUUGAAGAAAAGCGCUUUUUAUUCCAGCAACUCGAUACUGGAUAUUGGAAAACAGGAUCAUAGCUGUGGUUUUUGUGGAGCCCGAGUUUGGACUGCUGAAUUUACCGGAAGGGCCACUGGCAAUGGACCUAGAGGAUAUUCGAUUUGUUGUGGGAAGGGUAAAGUACAUCUACCUCUAUUGCGCGAGGCUCCGCCGGAAUUAGCUGCGUUGUUAUCUUCUACAUCAAGGAUGUCUAAAGAGUUUCUCGCCAAAAUUCGCAUUUACAACAACUUAUUUGCAUUCUGUUCUUUUGGAGGGAAGGUGGAUCACUCAGUAAACGAAGGUAAAGGUCCAUUUGUGUUCCGUGUAUCCGGGGAAAUAUAUCAUGCCUACAGUUCUUUGAUCCCACCAGAAGGGCGUACCCCAAAGUAUGCACAGUUGUACAUGUAUGACGCGCAACAGUCCAUUACUCAUCGCCUCAACUUCCCGGGCUCUGGUAGUGAGGCUGAUCCUUUGGUUGUUUCAGCCUUGGAAUGCAUGCUUAGGCGUGAAAAUGCCCUGGUUGGGAUUUUUAGACAAGCUCGCGAAAGAUUUCAAGGGGUUGAUCAGAUGCCGCUUCAGCUUAGAUUGUUAGAGAGGAGGACAACUGAUGGUCGGUAUGAGAAUCUGCCCACCGAAAACGAUUAUGAAUUUGCAGGCCUGGUGGUGGAUGAUGACUUUACGAAUUCUAGGGACAUAGUUGCCCACGAUAAGAUAUCCGGAUUGAAACAUAUCAGCGACCUGCAUCCAUGUUUUAUGUCUAUGCAAUAUCCUGUACUCUUUCCGUAUGGGGAGGAUGGCUAUAGAAUUGAUAUAAAACAUCGUAAUGUCACCGGAUCUGAACCCAGAAAGAUGAGUACUGUGAGCCAACGUGAGUAUUAUGCUUUCAGAUUGCAAUACCGACCCGCUGAGGGGCAAACAGUUUUGCGUGCUGGCCGGCUGUUCUUGCAAUUUAUAGUUGACUCGUGGUGCUCCGUUGAGCGUGGUCGAUUGCAGUGGGUUCGAACACACCAGUCUAUAAUCAGAUCGGACCUGUAUAAUAAUAUUGUUGAUAGCCUUACACGUGGUGAUUUUGUGGCCACUGAUGUUGGGAAGCGAGUAAUUCUGCCAUCUAGCUUCACAGGUGGCUAUAGAUACAUGCAACAAAAUUUUCAGGACUCCCUAGCCGUUUGUAAAGAAUACGGGCACCCGGACCUUUUCAUCACAUUCACCUGCAAUCCCAAGUGGGAUGAAAUCUCAGAGGCUGUAAAAUCUUCUGGAGCUCAGGAUGCCUCCGUCCGACCGGAUAUUGUUGCGCGUGUGUUCAAGAUGAAGCUUGACGCCAUGAUAGCGGACUUCACAAAAAAUGAGGUGUUAGGCCGUGUGCUUGCAGUGGUGUACACAAUUGAGUUCCAGAAACGAGGAUUGCCGCAUGCACAUAUAGUCUUGUGGCUCGCCGGACCAGAUAAAUUGCUUACUCCAGAGGACAUUGAUCAGGUCAUAUCAGCUGAACUUCCUGAUGAGCAAGUGGAUGCAGCAGGGUAUAAGGCGGUAUCUCAAUUCAUGAUGCAUGGCCCAUGUGGAGCUGCAAAUCCUAAAUGCCCAUGUAUGUCUAGAGGCAGGUGUACAAAGCAUUAUCCGAAACAAUUCCGUGAUGAUACGGUUAUGGAUGACGAUGGGUAUGCCUUGUAUCGCCGCCGAGACACCAAAAGAACCGCACAAUGCAACAACAUAUUAUUGGAUAAUCGGCAUGUGGUUCCUUAUCAUCGAGGUUUACUGGUUAAGUAUCAAGCACACAUCAAUGUUGAAUGGUGCAAUCGUUCCCUUUCGAUAAAAUAUUUGUUCAAGUAUAUUGGCAAAGGGCCUGAUACAGCAACAUUUGUUUUAGAAAAGUUCCAAGCGCAAGAACAUUCCAUAGCCGAAAAUAAUAGUACGGUGCAAAGGCCAGGUUUUGAUGAGGUUAAAAACUAUGUCUCGUGUCGGUAUGUGUCAGCGGCAGAGGCGAGUUGGCGUUUGUUUGAAUUUCCUAUUCAUCACAGAGAACCUUUUGUGCAGCGUUUAUAUUUUCAUCUCGAAAAUGAACAGGAAGUCAGAUUCCGUGAUGAUGACACUGUGCCGCAGAUUGUUCGAAGACUAGAUCCUGACGGGACAAUGUUCAUUCAAUGGUUGUUGAAUAAUCGUUAUGAUGAACAAGGUCGUGAUCUGACCUUUGUAAAAUAUCCCACAAAGUAUCGAUGGGACGCUUCGGCUAAGCGUUGGUUCCGCAGGAAAAAACAUAUUGAUGUUGUUGGCAGAAUGGUGUAUGCGCAUCCUGCUUCUGGGGAGCGUUUUUACAUGCGAUUAUUGUUAAACUUUGUGGCUGGACCAACAGAUUUCAAGGAUAUUAGAACUGUGGAUGGCGUGGUAUACUCAACAUAUAAGGAGGCUUGUUUCCAUAGAGGAUUGCUCGAGUCAGAUAAAGAAUGGCAUGUUGCACUGGAAGAUGCAUCUCAGUGUGCUACAGCUUCACACAUGCGAGAUUUAUUUGUCACAAUGUUAGUUUUUUGUGAGGUUAGUGACCCUGGGGAGCUCUGGGCCAAACAUUGGACAUCACUGGCUGAUGAUGUUGAAUAUAAACGAAGAAAGAUAAUGAAUUUGCCCAGCCUCAAAAUUAAUGUUGCUGAUAAACAGAUGCUUGCGUUGGAGGCUGUCGGUAAUCUAUUGAAGCAAUAUGGGAAGAAAUUGAGUGAUUUUCCAGGAUUACCCCAAUUUCAUGCAGGGACCACUUCCAAAUAUAGGAAUGAAUUACUGAUUGAAGAGAUGAUGUACGACCGGGAGGAGCUUCGUUUAAAAGCGGACGAAAAUUAUGCCCGCCUAAACGAAAUGCAACUGAAAGUGUACCAAACAAUUAUUGAAUCUGUCGAUUCAAACUCGGGAGGGUUGUAUUUCGUCUGUGGGCCUGGAGGCACUGGGAAAACAUUCCUGUGGUCAACUAUUAUAUCCAGGUUAAGGAGUCAGGGAAGAAUUGUCCUUGGUGUGGCUUCUUCGGGUAUAGCAUCACUUUUAAUUGAAGGAGGUAGGACGGCUCAUUCAAGAUUCAAAAUACCAAUAGAUAUCGACGAGUUUAGCUGUUGUGACAUCAAACAGAACACAUACCUGGCCGAGCUAUUAUGCAACACCAACUUGGUUGUAUGGGAUGAAGCUCCUAUGAAUCAUCGAUUUAUAUUUGAAGCCGUUGAUCGCACAUUCCGUGAUAUCUGUAAUAAGACUAAUCCAGGUGCACGAUCAUUACCUUUUGGUGGUAUUACUAUGCUACUGGGUGGAGAUUUAAGGCAAAUAUUGCCAGUAGUCCCGAAAAAAGGAAGGGAAGAUAUAGUGGCUUCGACUAUUCCAAAGUCAAAGUUGUGGCAACAUUGUACAGUCUUCCAGCUUACUGAAAAUAUGAGGAUUGAGAAAGAUGUACCUCCGGUUACAAUUGACGGUAGACAAGUUCAGUUCCGAGAUUGGAUUCUGGGUCUAGGUGAUGGUCGGGAACCAACUUUCAAAUUUGGGGAGGAAGUUGAGCCUUCCUGGAUUAAAAUACCAGAUGAGCUGUGCUUGCAAUACACCGGAGACCCAAUGGACGCGAUAAUAGGGCAUGUGUACUCCGAUCUGAAUAUGCAUCAUGGUGACCUCAAAUACUUGCGGGACAGGGCUAUAUUAACACCUCUUAACGAGUUUGUUCAUUCCGUUAAUAAUAAUGUCUUAAAAAGGUUGCCAGGUGAAUUCAAGGUGUACAAGAGUUGUGAUACUAUAUGCAAGGCAUCUUCAAACGGUGCAGCUGACGAGGUCCUUUAUCCACCUGAAUAUCUAAAUUCAUUAAAAGUUAGCGGUGUUCCAAAUCAUGAAAUUCAGAUUAAAGUGGGUGCCCCUUUGAUGCUGCUUCGCAACCUGAAUCCCAAAAAGGGCUUGUGCAACGGAACUAGGCUUAUAGUUACACGAUGCUAUCCAUUCCUCAUCGAAGCGCUCAUUAUAACAGGCAAUAAAAUAGGAGAGACUACAUAUAUACCUCGGAUCCACAUGUCUCCUGCUGAUAAAACACUCCCAUUUGUGUUAAAGAGAAAACAAUUCCCGGUUUCGGUCUGUUAUGCGAUGACUAUAAACAAGAGUCAGGGACAAACGAUGAAAAAUGUCGGUCUGUUUUUACCCAAACCAGUCUUCAGCCAUGGCCAUUUUUACGUUGCUGUUUCCAGAGUCACAUCACCAAAAGGCCUGAAAAUCGUGUGCAUUAACGAAGACGAUGCAACAGCUGGAUAUACCAAAAACAUUGUGUACCCUGAAAUUUUCGAAGACCUGUUAUGAGCAGACUCCUAUGGUGCAAUUCAUAUUUGACUUGAUAACUUGUGCUGCAAACUGGCAAUCCCUUUGGAUCAUAUUACAAUUCAGUUACGACGAAGACCAGCUGAUCACCUUUGCAAUGCUGAAGUCCAGGCUUUGAUUGCAACAUCUCGCUCGAGUCUCAAAUUUGCAUCCUCAUCUUUUUUAAACCUUUUAUAGAACUGCUGAACUUUUGGGUCACCCUUGAUCUUUGAAGGACAGAAACCAGAUAUAUGAAGGCCAUCUAAACUUCGGACACGUGAAAGUGCAACAUAAACCAUCCCGUAACGAAACGCACGAGAAAGAUCAGUAUGAAUGCGGUCGAGAGUCAUGCCCUGACACUUGUGAAUGCUUAAAGCCCAUGCAAGCAUAAGGGGUAUUUGCUUUCUUUUAGCAACCGCCACUUCUCCAUUCAUUAGAACCCAUUCUUCCGGCUCAACGAUCCAAUGACCAGACAAAAGGAGGCUCCCACUUGUGAAAGAAGGCAAAAGGGAAGGGCGGGGGGUUUGUAGAUUAUGAUUAUGAAUAUAAGCAUAAUGUGAAAGAGCCACCAAGCCCGGUCCUAAUGAUCCUCCACCAAGAAAGGCACCCAAGGCUGUGCAUGAAGAUCUCUGCAAAAUUCGUCUUGCAAAUGAUGUAAAGACUGCAAAGAAGGAUGGAGAGGGGCAGUUCAAUGGAUUGGUUGAUGCUCCUUAAUUCAAUUGAUAAGGCCCAUAUGAAGCUUGCUGGAGCAAAGUCUAUUCUUCGAUUAUCUAGAUAUUGGGUUGAAAAAGAUUCCCGUUGAGCUCUUCUACUCUACCCUAAGUUCGGAGGUUAAGUCUUUAGCAUUUAAACUUAAAUAUAGAUAUAUAAAAUGGUAAUAUAUAUUGUACCUUUUUAAUAUUCACUUGUGUUCUCCUUGCACGUUAUUCUGGUUAUUAUGAAUGCCGAUUCUUAGUUGCAUACCUUAUUAUUGAAAUAUUACAAAUAGAUUAUGUUUUCAUCCUUUUGCUAGACACAUGUAGGUUUAUUUUCCUCAAGUUGAAAAACUAUUUCUGAGAAAAGUUCACCCAUACAUUAAAUUAUAUUUAAUUUAUAUUAUAAGAUGAAAAUAUUUAAGUAAUUACAUGAUGAGGAUUAUUUAAAUUAUAUA